AAUCCUAUGGUAGACCAGUACAGUCAGAGAGCCAGAGCUCGAGCGGAAACCCCUCCCGAAUCCCAACUCCGGCAGCCGAGUAAAAGAAAAGAGGAAUACCAAGCAGUCAGGAAACACGGAGAAAUAACAGAAGAGAAAAGAAACGAUUAGAAUAAAAGAAAGAUGCAGACCUGAGGGUGACCCCCCCCCCCCCCACCCGAUCCUCCCGGCUCAGCCAAAGCGUGAAACCAGACAGCGUGCCUUGAGGAAGAGGGAAGUGUGGGGCGAUGGGGUUCGGACGGGACCUGCGGAACUCUCACGACGGACUGCUGAAGCUGCAGGACUGGGAGCUCAAGCUGCUGGAGACGGUGAAGCGCUUCAUGACGCUCCGGGUGAAGAGCGACAAGGAGUACGCCUCACUCCUCCUCAACAUCAGCCAGCAGGUGGACAAGCAUGACAACCUGUCCCAGAUGGACUACAUCAGCAACGUCUCAAAGUCUUGGGCUCACAUGGUCCAACAGACAGAACAGUUGAGUAAGAUAAUGAAGAGUCACGCGGAGGAGCUGAAUUCGGGCCCUCUGCACAGGCUCACCAUGAUGAUCAAAGACAAGCAGCAGGUGAAGAAGAGCUACCAGAGCAUACACACACAGAUCGAGUCCGAGAUGAACAAGGUGACCAAAAGUGACCUAGAAAAGUUGAAGGGUACCUACCGACAGUUAACAAAAGAUGCCUACAGUGCCAAAGAAAAAUAUAGAGAAGCAAUGGUGAAAGGCAAGGAGCCAGAGAAGGCGAGGGAGCGCUACGACAAGGCCACCAUGAAGCUUCACAACCUCCACAAUCAGUACGUUCUGGCAGUGCGGAGCGCCCAGCUCCACCAGGAGCACUACCAUGACACCACGCUGCCCCUGCUGCUCGACUCCCUCCAGAGGAUGCAGGAGGAGAUGAUCGGUGCGCUGAAGGGGAUAUUGGAGGAAUACAGCGAGAUCACCAGUUUGUUGACAGAUGAGAUAGUGAAGGUCCACAAAGAAAUCCACACCUCCAUCGACCAAAUCGACCCUGCGUCAGAGUAUGAACACUUUAUUGAAGUCUACCGAUCUCCAGAGACCAAAGAACCCAAUGUAGAAUUUGACGUCACACUGUUGGAGGAAACCGAGAAUCUUCAGGCAAACGAGAUCUUAUGGAACAAUUUGACUGCAGACAGUUUACAAGCGAUGCUAAAGUCCACAUCAGAUGAGCUGGUCCUCACACAGCAAAGCCUACGUAGCAAGGAGGAUCUCAUGCAGGACCUGGAGAACAAGAUCGAGGAGUCCACCAAAACAUGUGAAAAGAAAUCUGACACUGUGCUGCUGCUCAGUCAGAAGCAGUCCCUGGAGGAGCUGAGACAGACAGUCCAGUUGCUGCGCUGCACCGAAGCCAAGCUGAGUGCCCAGAAGGACCUGCUGGACCACAAGAUGCAGGACAACGAAGGCAAGGAGCCACCCCCGGUGGUCAACUAUGAGGACGACGCCCGCUCCGUCAAUUCCAUUGACAAAGGCAAAGACAGGAUGUCAAAGUUUGACACCUUGCGUAAUUCCCUUGCCGGUAUCAUCCGUUCUCCGAAAUCAGUCCUCGGCUCAUCAUCUCAGUUCUUCGACGUCAUCCCGACCAGCGAGAAGCCUCUGGGAGACCAGGAGUGGUACCACGGAGCCAUCCCCAGGACUGAGGCCCAGGAGCUGCUCAAACAGCAGGGCGACUUCCUGGUCCGGGAGAGCCACGGAAAGCCUGGCGAGUACGUCCUGUCGGUGUUCUCAGACGGACAGCGCAGACACUUCAUCAUUCAGUUUGCUGAUAACCAGUAUCGCUUUGAAGGCACUGGCUUCCCGACAAUUCCUCAGCUAAUUGACCACCAUUACUCUACAAAGCAAGUCAUUACCAAGAAGUCUGGGGUGGUGCUUUUAAACCCAGUCAUCAAGGAUAAAAAAUGGAUACUCAAUCAUGAAGAUGUCAUUCUUGGCGAGCUUUUAGGCAAAGGAAACUUUGGUGAGGUAUUCAAAGGAACGUUGCGAGACAAAACUCCUGUGGCAGUAAAAACAUGUAAAGAGGAUCUUCCACAGGAGCUAAAGAUCAAGUUCCUUUCAGAAGCUAGGAUCCUCAAGCAAUAUGACCACGAAAACAUUGUGAAGUUGAUAGGCGUUUGCACACAACGACAGCCUAUUUACAUUGUAAUGGAGCUAGUGCCAGGAGGAGACUUUUUGUCGUUCCUACGGAAGAAAAAGGACGACCUGAAGACCAAGCAGCUGGUGAAGUUUGCUUGUGACGCUGCUGCAGGGAUGGCUUACCUCGAGCACAAAAACUGCAUCCACCGGGAUCUGGCGGCCAGAAACUGUCUGGUGGGAGAGAGCAACCUACUGAAGAUCAGCGACUUUGGGAUGUCAAGACAAGAGGAUGAUGGUAUCUACUCGUCGUCCGGCCUCAAACAGAUUCCCAUUAAGUGGACUGCUCCGGAAGCUUUGAAUUAUGGGAGAUACAGCUCAGAGAGUGAUGUGUGGAGCUAUGGCAUUCUCCUGUGGGAGACGUUCAGUCUGGGAGUGUGUCCUUACCCUGGGAUGACCAACCAGCAGGCCAGAGAGCAGGUGGAAAAAGGCUACAGAAUGUCCUGUCCACAAAAGUGCCCGGAGGAGGUCUACAAAGUCAUGCAGAAGUGCUGGGAGUACAAGCCAGAAAACCGGCCAAAGUUUGCCGAUCUUCAGAAAGAACUGGCCGCCGUCAAGAAAAAAUAGCGCCAAGGUAGGAGAAGGGGAACCAGAUAUACCAUCCAUGGGGUCACCGCCGUAGCAGCCGCCAGGAAACCCCACAGAACGUUACGGCCUUGAUGCUACUUGGGAUUGUACGUACGUUGUAUACUUUGUCACAAAAUCACUGUGUUAUUUGGAACUGUUUUGAGCCAUUAUCAAGAAGAGAGGUUUCUGCUUAGCGUAGAUCAUUGUUAAAAGAAUGACAGUAUUUUUUUUGAACUAGUUUUCUUUUUCUCUUGCUUUCUCCCAGUUCUCGCUAAACCUAUGCGAAACGUCAGGUAUUCUAAAACAAAACCGUGCAGACAUGGUGAGAUCUGGUAUACAAUACAUUAAGCUGGUCGAGCUCCAUCGCCCACAUGAGUUGUGGUAUUUUACUAAGGACACAAUAGAGGUAAAUGGAACACACAGCAUGGGGGAUAGAAAAUAAAGGUCUCAGUUGGUGCACAUUCAACAAAUCUGACCUCAACAUGAAUAUUAAUUCUAAUCUAGUAGGGUUCAUGUAUGCUAACAGGACAAAUUACUCCAGUCUGAUUUUCAUGUAUCUGGCUGCUUUCACUGCGUAGCGUUUUGAAGUGGUUCGUUUCAGGUUUAGAAGUAGUGACUGCUGGUCACUAUACUGCUGAACGUUAAUUCCCAUUAAUAUAAGCUGGUAGAAUCUAGCAUAUAUAAAUUGGUGGUAGUCUGUUGUUUCUAAAUGGAAUGCGGUUAAUCAUAGAAAACGGCAUGGACAUGCAUUAGACUUGAUAUUUAAUUUGUCUCUCAAGAUAGUUUUACAUAUAAAUAUAAACAAUAGCUUCCAUUUAGGCUUUUAAUGGGAGUUAAUGAAGGAGUGCUUCUCCAAAGCACUUGAUGGCAUUUCCAUUUUGUUUAAGUUCCACGUACCUCUUCACAGCAUAGCCAAAAUAAAAUGUCUAUGGUCCUCGGAGUUUGGUCGGUUUAGCUAACACGGUUCAUGAGAACUUGAAAGUAACUAUAUUUCUGGUGCUGUGUAACCAUACAACCUUCCAAAUGGGUAGAUGCACUCCCUAGCUAAUUAUGUCUUCUGAGACAGACUGUUUGAGAAUCGUUUUUCUCUCUUUACCAGCAGUUCCUACUGAAGGAUGAUACAAUAUAUAUUUAAUGCUAACGCUUCUUUCAAGCUUGACUAUUUGACAUUUUAGCUAGAAGUAUUUUCUCUUCUUCCUUUUGCGACAAUAUGACAAUAUGAUUUGAGAUCGGACACUCAUUUCUGUCCAAAGAUUCUUGUAGUAUUCUCUUCACUCACACCAGUCAAUCUAAGAGACCUUUUAAGUUGAACAAAAAAGAAUAAGUGCAAUUUGUUAUACCAUUUUCCUAAUGAUUCAGGCUUUAUACCAAGGGGAUUCAACUCAGGCCCACUCUUCCUUCAUUGUAGCCCUCUGUUACUGGACUUAUUUAGACCUGGGACACCAGGUGGGUCCAAAUAAUGAGAAUGUAGAACAGAAAACCAGCAGGUUUCAGCCAUCGCAGGGUAAGAGUUGAAUACCCCUGCAUUAUAAUUUAGAAAUAUUGCAAUAUGGCCAUAAUUACAAAUUGAUUUUCAAGCCCUUGGUUUUGUUUUUACACUCUAAGAAAGUGAGUAUUUGAAUUACGUUGUUAAUUAUGUUUUACUUUGAACUAUUUAAAAUAUUUUAUACAUUUUGUUUUUUCCAGAUUGCUGCCUCUUUCCAUAUUUUGUCUGUCAAAAGCUGAAUAAUUUUAUAUAAUUUUGAAAGUAAGAAUGUACCAUAACUUUAGUGUUUGACAUAAAAUGUGAAUAUAGUAUUUUUUUGCCCCCACCCCCCUCCAAAAGUCUGCUGAUACCUAUCUUUGACAGUUUUAAGGAACUCCAGUUUUUAUGUAUACAUAAUUUAGUGGUAUUUCUUGCAUUAAACUAACCAUUUUGGUGAAAAAUGCAAUUCUAUGUUCUUGAUUGACAUACCCAGUGAUGAAUAGUGUUUUUAUGGAGAAAAGAACUUUGGGCCAGGGGUUUUUAACAAGAGUUAAUCUCUGGGUCCUAACUGUUGUGAACAGUUCCUGACCAGGAAAUGUUACUGGCCUUUAUAGUGUAUUAGCUAUUACAGCCAAUUCUGUAUCCUGUCAUUUAUCUGUCUUAGAACGGCAUGUUUUUCUAUAUAGCCAAGCUCCUUUUUUGCCUUUUGUGCUGACAGUCAAGGCGUGUCUUCAAAAGCGUUUCUCUGUGAAUUAACACAUUGCAUACUUCUAUCAGUUUUUCUCCUAUCAAGUGAUGUAUUUCUUGUCUUUCAAACAUUACAAUCAAACAUUCCUCAUUCUGUAUUUUGUAAAUACUUGUAGAUGCUAUAACCUUUUUUACGUUCAUGUUUUCCAAUACUAAUUUGAUAAAAUGCUAUGUCAAGUAUGUCAUGCAAACGUAUGUCACUUUCUAUCUGUGUAUCUCGGUUGGAAGUGUUUCUUCCAAUCAUGUAUUCAAUAGCAAACUUUAUCGGUUUUGUAUCUGUAUCUGCAUGAGUUUGUACAUUUUCAGUAUAUGUAUAAAAGAUUUUUGGAAAGGUCUUUCUCCUAUCCUGUGUGUACAAUUUCUCCUGCUCACCUUUCCUGUAUCCAAUUAUCAAACUGCCAUGGCCUCAUUUGUUCUGUUUUCAAUGACAUCCUAUUGCCCAUAUAGUCCUCAAUAUGGCAAACUGGGUGUCAUUUUAGAGGUAAUCUCUGGUUUAUAAACCAGAGUUUAUUUUUCAACAAUUUCUUCUGUCAGUUUACCUACAGAUUCUUUAAUUCCAAACAUCCCAGUUAGUUUUCAUUUUGAACAAGCCAUUCAUUUGUAAUUAUAUUUUAAUAACAUUGUUUUUGUAAUAAAAAGGUGUAGAUUGAAUAGAAGGGUGCUUACAUCUUAAUUACUUAUUGAUGAGCACAAAUAAGAUAUGUUUAAACAUUUGAAAGGCAUAUACCUUUUUAGUAAUCCUUUUAUUUAUUUGAGACACUAAAAAUAGUAUCCUUAGCAUUUUUAUUUGUUUUUUUGUAUCAGUUUCUAGUAAGAUAUUUGCCAGUAUUUGUUUUUUAUAUAUAGAAUUUGUUUUAUGAUUAAACUUUUUCUUUCUCAUACAAAGUGACCAGGUUAAGAUUUCCCCAUGAGUAGUUCAGUUCUGUGCUACUGGCCAUUACAUGAGACACCGCAUUAAUACACUUGUGUUUAAUGAAAUUGUCUUUCAUCUUGUCAUUGUUUUCGAGUGAGCAACUAUUUUAGCAUCACAAUUCAAUGUGAAUGUCUUGUGCUGUAUUAUCGUUCCGAUAUCUACUCCAAGGCCAACUUUACAGCACUCCAGAGUAUCUGCAUUGUGAACUUGUUCUUUUCCUACAGUAUAUUGUUAUUUGAUUGUGUGUGUCAGACUGUAAUUUAAAGAGCUGGGAUAUUUAUUGCCACAAAAGAGACCUUAUAUCAGGGCUGCCUAAACCUGUUCCUGGAGAUCUACUGUCCUGUAGGUUUCUCUCUGACCUCACUUGUGAUGAACCUGAUUCAGCUAUUUUUAAUCAAGCUAAUUAUGAGAAUCGGGUUUGCUAAAUUAGGGUUGCAGGGUGAACCUAAAACACGGUAGCUCUGCAGGAAAAGGGUUGCGCAGCCCUGCCUUCUAUAUUUUGAUUGCACUUUCGGCCAUGUUCAAAAGAUAGUCAGAUACGAGGUACAAUUGUACUGUUGUGUUCAGCCCAGCAUACUAUCCUACAAUUAAAGACCAUAUCUAAAGGUUAACCUGGACAAUGCACUGGAUGAUUCAAACCUUUAGUCCAUUUCAUUCAGAAUAGGAAAUAACCUAGUGUUUUAUAAAAUGUGUUAAAUGCACACCUAAAGGAAUUGUAAUCCCCCUUGUUAGACAUAGCUUUCAUCACCUGAAUGUUCAAAUCCCUCAUGGCUAGUGGGUUCUGUUAUUCAUGCCUCCUGUAUAAUGUACUUGCAAUAAAAUCUUUUUUGGCUCUUUGAA